AUGCAAGGCACUGUAUAUUAUGUCGCACCUGAAGUUUUAGACGGGAGAUAUAAUCAACUCUGCGACGUCUGGAGCAUUGGUGUGAUAGUGUACAUGUUGUUAUCUGGGACGCCUCCUUUUGCUGGGAAGACAGACCUCGAAAUAAUUUUAAAAAUAAAAAGAUGCUGUUAUUCGUUUGAAGGAGACAGCUGGAAAGGGGUGUCUCCUCUUGCAAAGUCUUUUAUCAGCAGCCUUCUCAAGCGAAGCCCUGAGGACCGUCUAACAGCAGCAGAAGCACUUAAACACCAGUGGCUGGCUACAGACGAGGAGCAGCAGCAAAAUAAACAAAUUAAUAUUCAAGUAUUCAAAAGCAUGAGGCGGUUUGCUGCCUGCACUGCUAUACAAAGGGCAGCACUCGGGUUAAUUGCCUUAUCGAUGCCUACGAAGGAUUUGGAUGAGCUGCAGAAAUUGUUUUGUGCGUUGGAUGAAGAAAAGACAGGGGUUAUCAGAGUUGAGGGUUUAGUAAAUGUUUUACAAAAGGCUUUGAAUAUAUCAGAGGCAGAGGCCCGACGGAUAUUUCAUCGUAUCGAUCUCACAGGGGACCAGGAAAUAAAUUACAGCGAGUUUCUUGCAGCAACAUUUCAGACGCAAGUUGCACUCAGCCAGUCGCUUAUUAGAGAAGCUUUUGAAAGAUUGGAUGUUGACAACAGCGGAGCAAUCAGCGUAGACAAUCUGCGACAAGUCUUAGGGCAUUCAUAUUCAGGGUUUUUAGUUGAAGACAUUCUAAGACAAUGCGAUAUUAAAAAGAACGGUGUUAUAGACUUCGAAGAG